AUGCCGGGAAUCCUGCCAAUGAAAGUGAUCAAGAUGGGAUCCAACGCCCAGAGCCGCAUCGCCCAAGCCUGCGAUCGCUGCCGCUCCAAGAAAAUUCGAUGCGAUGGCGUUCGACCGUGUUGCACUCAAUGCAAGAAUGUUGGCUUUGAGUGCAAGACUAGUGACAAGUUGAGUCGACGAGCUUUUCCGCGUGGAUAUACCGAGUCGUUGGAGGAUCGUGUUCGAGCACUGGAAGCUGAGGUUAGGGAUUUGAAGACUUUAUUGGACGAACGGGAUGAGAAGAUUGAAGUCCUGUCGCGUAUUCAUUCGUUCGGUACGCCACGUCAGAAGGCGCAGCCGAAUUCUACUCCUUCGCCAGCAUCCACGUCCGGUGCAGUCUCGGAGACUUCUCGAUCACCCUUAUCGGAAGAAGCGAAACCAUCUCCAGCCGAAACAGAGCGCGUCAUUACGGUUAAAUACCCCACCAAGUCGUCUGGCAGUUCGCCUUUUGCCGGACCAUCCAGUGUUCGCGCUUUUUCGUCUACUCUGACAAGCAAGUUGGAGGCACGAGGUAUAUCUUCGUCUUCCUUCUCGACAAAGGCUUUGACGGCUUUCCCUCCCAAGACUUAUCAACGCAAGGCCUCGUCUCUGCAGUCGCUACCGAGACUCGUGUCAGACCAGUUAAUAAACAUAUAUUUUCAAGAAUGGGCUCCUCUGUACCCAGUGGUGCACCGCUCUACGAUUCUCAAAGCCUACGAUCGCUACCUUGCCGAUCCAUCGCUAUUGAAGGAUCAGCCUCUUACCAUUAUACAACUGAAUCUUAUUUUCGGCAUUGCUGCACUUUCCUCAAUGUCACGGACCAAUCAAGACCCAAAGCUUUUUGAGAAUAACUGGUACACACCGCUCGAGUCUCUCAGUGGAGAGAUGUCUGUACCUGCCAUACAGUGCAUGGUUCUCGCUCAGAUGUAUUUCUUGACUAAAGGAGAUUACCAGUCUUUGCUUCGCUAUCGCGCGCUUUCCGUGGGCACAAUUCAGUCUCUUGGACUUGAUCAAAGCCAGCAGGACUUUGUUCGUGACCCGCUACUUCACGAGACUCGUAAGAAAGUGUUCUGGUGCCAGUAUAUGCUCGAUCGCUUCACCGCUACCAUGACUGGCUUACCCGUUAUGCUCCGAGAUGACCGCAUUGGCACUGAAAUGCCUGCAGACAUUGACGACGAGAAUAUAACCGAAGACGGGCUGCUGCCCGGCUUACCGGAUGAAUGCACUCGCAUGUCAAGUGCGCUUGCUUUGAUAGAGGCUUCUCGGAUUUUAGGCAAAGCGCUCGAAAUUCUUUAUCCUUCAGCAGCUAACGCUCAAGUAUCCGUAACAAAGCUACAUGGCUUGUCGGAAGAGCUAGACACUUGGAACAAGGGUCUUCCAACCCAUCUUAAACUGAUUUUCAUUCAGGAUCGGCCAAGUACUAAUGUGACAAGCAGUCGGUCUCCGUUAUUAUCCUUGGUGUACUACUUUAUUCGGAUUUUGAUCCAUCGUCCUGCAGCCUGCUUUGGCACUGCUGACAUUAUGAAUCCAGCUUUGCUGACUAUCAGUGACUCCAGUAAACAUAUAAUUCAAAUUUUGCAGCUCCUCGAUGAACGACGCCUGAGCCUGUCGCUAGCCAUCAACCGCCUCGAGGUAGCAUACCUCUCUGGUCUUGGAAUUUUGUGGCAAGAUAUGACAUUGGAACGAGGCAACAAGUUGGUCCAGGAAAGCCGGAACUUACUUCUUGAUGUUAAAGUACAACUCGAGCCAGAGUCUAACACAGCUGCGACCGAGUUUAGAAUACUUUCCAAUCUCAUAACCGGCGCUGAUAGCCAACGGUCUAUGAAGAUAAAGAAGGCUCUACAAACAUCGCAGUCCCGUGCCGAUGUGGGCGCUGAACCAAAAUCUGCAAAAGAUGGUGUACAGUCAAGAAGGAACACCAUUUCAAAUCUGAGCGCGCCACACAGGUCUCCUCAACAGAUGCGUCAACAGCCGGGCGCAAUGGACCCUCCACGGACAAUGAGUCGACCCAAGUCAUUUGAUAUAUCGUCAGGCGUCAAUGUGGACUAUUAUCCUUUGAAUGCGGACUCUCUUCGUUCCGUGUCCACUACUGAUGUCUCGAAGAUGGCAUUAUCAGCAGCGGAGUGGGAGGGUAUACUGAGCGAUCUCGAUCACGGCAACUUGAACAUUUUCACUGGAAUAUAUGGCGGACAAGAAUGUGCUGAUCAGCCGAGCUCAAACGUUCCCAUUGACAAUAGUUACUCUCCUCAUCAGAGUACAUCAGCUUAUGCGCCGAUCAUGCAGCAACACGUACGAUUGAGUCCACAGGAUACAUCGUCGGAGGCAUGGUCUGCCUGCAGUAGUGGCGAUGUAUCCUACGUACAUGACGGCGUACGAAGCUACCCUGCGGAAAAUACGAUGAAUACGGAUGAUGGUCUCCCUUUCAAGGAUUUUGACUUGACGCAAUCUUUACAAAUGGUUGAUGCCGUUAAAGGGAUCAUGAUUCCGUCUGCCGAAGAAGAUUUCGUCGAUCUUGGUAUAUUUGACGGCUGGGAUCGUUCCCUGAUGGCUUAA